GGUGCGGUGUGGCAACACUGUCAGCUCAUAUCAAAAGUUUACAAAAUUUACAUUUUUCUGAUAAGCAACUAGCACACAGCGGACGAAGAUAAUCCGCUAUGCUAUAAACGCGCAGCGGGCACGUUUCAGUUAGCCCCAAAAAUAAUUCAGUCGAACUCCCGCUGUCGGGGUGUCGGGAACGCCGGAAAAGCCAACUACCUCCAAUUGGAAAAGCUACAGUGGGCGUGAAAAUGUUUGCCACGCUGAAAAACAAAAUCAAGGAGGAGACUGGCGAGGAUGUGGCCACUACGGCGGCCCAACAACAGCAACGCCUUCCCCUAAACAACAACAAUAACUACCGGCUACGUAGCCGCCGUGUGAGCAUUAAUUCCAACUCGGCUGAUGAUGUGGGCGGUGGCGGUGGAAUCUACAACGAGUCGGAGCAGCUCUGCCAGCUUCGGAGUCAGUGCAAUGAGCUCAACACCAAAGUGUCCACCCUGACGCAGGGCCUCCAGCAGUUGCAGGAGGAGAAGUUGCGGGUGGACAAGACCAAUGAGAUCCUGCUCGAGAGCGUACGCGUGGCCCAGACGCAGAAGGACAUGUACUGCGAGGAGCAGGAGAAGAUCCAGAACCUGCAGCAGGUGGAGAUCGACAAGCUGAAGAACCUGCUGAGCUUUCGAGAGCAGGAGUCUGUGGAUCGCAUGGGCGCCAUGCGGCAACAGAGCCAGCAAAUCGAAUCCCUCAGCGAGGAACUGGAGCGCCUGCGUCCAAUAGAAUCGGUUGCCGAAGAUUUGCGGGACGAACUCGAAAGUCUGCGGCAUGCGACGCAGCAGGAGAAGAACCUGCUGACCACCACUCUGGCGGCCGUGCAGGAAGAGAACAACCACCUCAAAAAGCGCAUGAAAAUCGUCGAGGAGUCGCGCCUUGAAUCCCUGGCCAAGCUCAGCGCUGAGCAGCAGGUGCAGGCUCUGAUUCGUGAACACAAGCUACUGGAACAGCACCUGGAAGAGGCGCACCUGCAGCUUUCCGACAUUAAGGGCUCCUGGAGCGGCCAGAACCUGGCGUUGGAAACUCAGGUUAGCCGACUAUCAAAGCAGGUGGCCGAGGAGACGACUGAGAAGCGCAAGGCCCUCAAAGCACGCGACGAUGCCAUUGAAAGCCGCAAGCAGGUCACCUUCGAGCUGGAAAAGGCCCAGGAUGAGGUCAAGCAGCGCAACGAUAAGGUCAAGUUGCUGGAGGAAGAGAUCGAUGAGCUGAACCUGGCGCUGAAGGAGUGCCGGGAGGAGAACGAGCAACAAAUCCUAUUCGAGCGCAACAAAUCUCAAAAUCUGGAAACAGAGGUUAAAGAUCUCAAGAACCGCCUCACGGCAGCGGACGACAGGUUCACCGACUACGCCUCCAACGCGGAGCAUGUGGCCCAGAAGCUGCGCACCCAGGUGUCCGAGAAGCAGGAGCAGCUGGAGGAAACCAUUAUGCAGCUGGAGGUGGAGCGGGAGGAAAAAAUGACUGCAAUACUUCGCAAUGCGGAAAUCUCGCAGAGCGAAGACAUUCUGCGGCAGCAGCUGCGUCUGGAGCGCAGCGAAGCCAACGAUCUUCAGGAUAGGAAUAAGGAACUCGAAAAGGAUAUAUCAGUGGCCCGACAAGCCCUGCAAGAGGUGAACAGCACAGCGCAGGACAACGCCAAGAAACUGGCCGACUACGAAGGGGUUCAGUUGGAAGUAAUGGAGAAAAAUAAGACAAUAAAAACAUUGAACCAACGACUGGUCGACCUGAAGAAAACCAUUCAGAAGGAGCUGCGCAGUGCGCAGAUCUCCACGGACAGUGAAUCUCUUGCGGCAACCAUAUCGUCCCAUAGGAAUGCCACCACGACUCUCGAAACCUUCCCGGGCGGGGACAAGGGCAACUGCAUCAUAAUGGACGAAGUGAACUUUCAGUAUUUGAAGCAUGUGAUUGUCAAGUUCUUGACCAGUCGCGAGGUGGAAGCCCGUCACCUGGUUCGGGCUGUCUCGACCCUGCUUCAGUUGACGGCCGAGGAGGAAAAGCUGCUGCACGACACCUUGAACUGGAAGAUGAGCUGGUUCGGCGUGAAGCCGACCUAAUCGAAACCUAACCCUGCAAUAAAUCGUAUUUGUAUUUCUAGUUUGUAGUCAAUUCAUACAGUUCGUGUAUAUACCAAUGGCAUACGAAGCACUGUGUUAUUUUCUUUACCGACAGACAUUCCAUUUUGUUAAAUAGUAUUUAUUUUUUAUCGUUGUGAUUUUAUAAUAAAAUAAUACCUUUCUGUAA